AUGCUGAUGCUGUGGCUGGCCUGGUUGGCCCUGUUGUCUCUGGACUGGGUUCCGGGCAGCAUGGCCUUCACCACUACCAGGGCUCAGGGCCUGAGGGGUCGUAUCCAGAGAGACCGCAGAAACAUCCGGCCCAACAUCAUCCUCAUCAUGACUGACGACCAGGAUGUUGAGUUGGGUUCUCUACAGGUCAUGAAUAAAACUCGUAAGCUCAUGGAAGACGGAGGCACUAGUUUCACCAAUGCCUUUGUCACCACACCCAUGUGCUGCCCGUCACGUUCCUCCAUGUUGACGGGCAAGUACGUCCACAACCACAACACCUACACCAACAAUGAGAACUGCUCGUCCCCAUCCUGGCAAGCUCAGCACGAGCCACGCUCAUUCGCUGUCUACCUCAACAACACCGGCUACAGGACAGCCUUCUUCGGCAAGUACCUCAAUGAGUACAAUGGCAGCUACAUCCCACCUGGGUGGCGCGAGUGGGUUGGAUUGAUCAAAAAUUCCCGCUUCUAUAAUUACACUGUCUGUCGGAACGGUUACAAGGAGAAACAUGGUGCAGAAUAUGCCAAGGACUAUUUCACAGAUCUGAUCACCAACGACAGCAUCAAUUAUUUCCGCAUGUCCAAGAAGUCAUACCCUCAUCGUCCAGUGAUGAUGGUCAUCAGCCAUGCUGCCCCUCACGGCCCAGAAGACUCAGCUCCACAGUAUGCUGAGCACUUCCCUAACGCUUCGCAGCAUAUCACCCCCAGCUACAACUAUGCCCCAAAUAUGGACAAACACUGGAUCAUGCAGUACACAGGCCCAAUGAGACCUAUCCACAUGGAGUUCACCAACUUCCUCCACCGGAAAAGACUUCAGACACUCAUGUCCGUGGAUGACUCAGUGCAGAGGGUUUUUGAUAUGCUAGAGGAAACUGGAGAGCUGGAAAACACAUACAUCAUUUAUACAGCUGACCAUGGCUACCACAUUGGUCAGUUUGGGUUGGUUAAGGGCAAAUCAAUGCCUUAUGACUUUGACAUCCGUGUGCCAUUCUUCCUAAGAGGACCCAACGUGGAGGCAGGAGCAGUAAACCCUCAUCUGGUGCUGAACAUUGACCUUGCUCCCACGAUUCUUCACAUUGCUGGGCUGGACACUCCUCCAGACAUGGAUGGAAAGUCCAUCCUUAAGCUGCUGGAACAGGACAGGACUGGCAAUAGAUUCAAAACCAACCGGAAACCCAAAGUCUGGAGGGACACAUUCCUGGUGGAGCGAGGAAAGAUCCUGAGGAAGAAGGAGGACUCGGUGAACACACAGCACACCAACAGCCUGCCCAAAUACAAGAAGGUCAAAGAGACUUGCCAACAGGCCGAAUUCCAGACACCCUGUGAACAGCCUGGACAGAAAUGGCACUGUGUGGAGGAGAUCACAGGAAAGUGGAGGAUACAGAAGUGUAAAGGUGGUUCAAAAGAAGGCUCCAGGAAGAGAGCUCGCAGCCUGAAGCCCCGCAGCAGUUAUGACAACCGAGAGAGGGGCUGUGACUGUGGGGACAGUCUCUACAAACCCUCCAGGACAGAGCGCCGCUCACACCGACAGUUCUCUGCAUCAUCUGGCCAACGUUUUCGUCCACGUUUUGUCCACACCCGGCCUACCAGGUCUCUUUCUGUUGAGUUUGAAGGUCAGAUAUAUGACAUCGACCUGCAAGCUGACGAUCAGUCAGCUGUCCGCCGCCGCGUCAUCUCAAAGCGCCACCAAGGCCCAGAAGAUCCAGAGUUUGACUUAGGGUCAGAUGACGGAUCAGAGGAAAUGCUAGCAGACGAUACCAACGCUGUAGGAUACCCCAACUCUCUAAAAGUUACCCACAAGUGUUAUAUCUUGAUGAAUGACUCUAUUCAUUGUGAGAGAGAAAUCUACCAGUCCUCCAGGGCCUGGAAAGACCAUAAGAGCUAUGUGGACCAAGAGAUUGAAGCACUUCAAGACAAAAUCAAAAACCUGCGGGAAGUAAGGGGCCAUCUGAAGAGGACACGACCAGACGAGUGUGACUGUGGAAAGAGGGGCUAUUAUAACAAAGGAGACAGAAACAAGGCAGAGAGAUUGAAGAACAGGAAUGAUCAACUCCAUCCGUUUAAGGAGGCCGUGCAGGAGAUAGACGGGAAGGCCCAGUUGUACAACGAGAUCCGCAGGAGGAAGAAGGAAAGGAAGGUGAAGAAGCGGCAGAGGAAGGGAGACGACUGCAGCCUGCCGGGCCUCACUUGCUUCACACAUAACAAUGACCACUGGCAGACUGCUCCUUUCUGGUCUCUGGGUGGAUUCUGUGCAUGCACCAGCUCCAACAACAACACCUACUGGUGCCUGAGGACCAUCAACGAGACCCACAAUACACUGUUCUGCGAGUUCUCCACUGGCUUCCUGGAGUACUUUGACCUCAAUAGUGACCCCUACCAGCUGACCAACGCUGUGUAUGCAGUGGAUCGGGACGUUCUGAACUCUCUCCAUGCCCAACUGAUGGAGAUGAGAAGCUGUCAGGGGCACAAGCAGUGUAGCCCUCGCCCUAAAGGCUUGGAUACAGCACACAGCCAAUAUGGGACGGACGACAGGGUUAAACUUCCUAACUUGACAGACGAGGAGGUGAACUGGCAGGGACUGGAGGAUCUUUAUAGCAUAAACGAAAGCCUUUAUGAAUGUAGGCCUGACUACAGCCCCAGCCCAGACAACUGGGUCAACUUCCAGAAGGAUGUAGAUAAUAUGUUUGCACUGCGACACGUUUUUAACAAAUUUAAUCAAACCCAUAAGCUUGACGACUCCACCCUGCCAGAGCUGGGCUCCGGGGCCGGGGGUGGAGGCCUUGAAGAGGGCAGCGGAGAAGAGUUGGGCUCAGCUAGGGACGUAUGGCCAGGCCCGUUAACGGAGGCGCGCCUCACCACCCCCGCCCCCAGCAAAGUGCCAUCAGCUCCACCCACACCCAGGCCCACAUUGGAAAGGAAACUGGAAUCUGUUGUCAACGACCUUCCUGAGAGGGUUAUAGACAGACAAGGGGUGUCUGUUAUGUCAGCAUCACCUGUGACGGUACUGUCACCAGGUCCUAGGAGAAACGGGGCUAUCUACCAGAGUGACAUGUGGGUGCAGCAGCUGGAGGAGAUGGAUGGAGAGGUUUUUAGUGGGAAUGGAAUGACAGAGCUGGGGACACAACAUGACAGCCUGCUGCGUAUUCACAACAGCCUGCAGACCCACCCGGAGCCAGGUCACAUAGAAGCUGCUGCCCGUCAGCAGAGCCCGAGCCUUGGUCUGGACCCCGAAGAGGAGGAGGACAUUUUCCAGGCACAAGGCUUCCUCCCAUUCUCCCCACAGACACUGAGGCCCGAGGUGCAGGCCAGCACCACCGGGAGCCCUCCCACCACACAGACUAGUACCACCCCACAGAGCGUUGGGGUGGUACUGCAGGUGCUGCCUCAGUCAGCGCUGCCCCUCACCUUGGACUACGAGGGCAGCGGCUCUCUGCCUCAACCCUCCAAUCAGACCCUCUGAGGUAGACGCAUGUACUGGCCAGCCAGCCAAUGAGCUGCUAGUCGCCAUAGAGACACAGAGACACAGUGAUUGGGAGAUGAGCUCGCCAAGAGCAAUGGCGAGUGAUGCCGCCUCAGUCAGUCAGAGUUGUAUAAUGAGUAUUAAAGUUAUUGUUUAUUUUUUUACAGGUGCCUACAUUUAUUAGUAAACAGUGUUAUGUUGUGUUCUUUUUUUUUUCAAAUAUAUAUUUAGAAAAAAGCCUUAAUGCAGCUAAACUUAAGUGUUGGGAUUCAAAAUGAUUAAUUCCAUAUGGAUAACACCAUUGAUGUUUUUAAUAUGUUUUUAUGAAAAACAAGUGUGAGUGGUGAAACCAUUUGAACAUCUGAAUGGAUAGUUAACAUUAGCCAGCUGUAGGUAUGCUCCAGUCCUUAAACAAACCAAUCAAUCCCAAACCUACC